AUAAGUCUCGAGAAAGGUGAAAAACACCAAUUCGAUUACCCCCUCUUCAAAUGUAAACAAAACAAACCCCUUUAUCCACAACUGCAGCAUCUUCAUCGGAAAUCAGCAAUUGCAUCCGAUUUCGCACCAUGCGCACCCUAGCAGCUCACCUCUCUAACUAUUUAUUCAGAACAAGAAAUGGGGUCAAGAUUCAAUCUCGUAAAUUUUCAUCACCUAGUGUCAAAGAUCAGCUUACUGCUGAGGAAGAAUUAGAAGCUCAGGAAAAAGCUGGCUGGCUAUUGAAAACCAUAUUUUUCGUCACCGCAGGCGUUGCUGGAUACCAUUUCUUUCCUUACAUGGGAGAUAAUUUGAUGCAGCAGUCUGUGGCGCUUUUGCGUGUCAAGGAUCCCUUGUUUAAAAGGAUGGGAGCUUCUAGAUUGGCCCGUUUUGCAGCAGAUGAUGAAAGAAGGAUGAAGAUAGUCGAGAUGGGUGGAGUUCAAGAGCUCUUAAAUGUGUUAAGCACGGCUAAAGAUGACCGAACACGGAAAGAAGCGUUAAAUGCUCUUGCUGCACUCUCACAGUCAGAUGAAGUUCUUGCAUCCUUGCAUCGUGCUGGGGCCAUUUCAAUUAUCAAGUCUGCACCAAAUUCACUUGAAGAUGCAGAUAUUGAGAGAUUCAAGUUGAGCUUGAUGAAAAGAUUCCAAGACCUGAAGUAUGAUGUGUCAUCAUAGCUUUACCUUGAGUUCUGCAAUGCACUGCUUUUAUUUAUAUGUUCUUAUCUCUGGAGGAAACUCCCCACCUAAGAAAUUGAAGCCAUCUGCCAGCGUCGGAUGAUGAGAUAAUCAAGGUCAUGUUGGCCUAUAGAAUGUGGAAGAUGUAAUUUUAUAUACCUUUCUGUGAAUUUAAAUAAGGUUGUAAGUUAAUUUGCAAUUGGCCAUGCCACUUUGGUGAAUGUAGGUCAUCAAAGUGGUGCCAAUGUGAUUUUCGCAUUAGAUUAUUCCUAGGCAUUUAUUGGAUUUAAUACUUGCAAUGUGAAAUUUGAUGGGAAAGUUCAUUUGCUUGUUACAGCUACAUAGUUUCGAUACUACUGCUGACUGCAGGCACAUGUAUUUGAGGGUAGUAUUUCGUACCAAAAUCACAUGGGUUGUGACAUUCAUUGACUAUUUAAGUUCCAAAUUUGAGUUUUUGUUUUUA